AAACAAGUGAAAUUUACAAAUUCAGUGUUUUGAAAAAUAUCGAGGCAUGAUAGCGAAUUCGACUGUUGAAUAAAAGAAGACUGACUGUUUGAUUACAGAUCUGAAUCAACCUGACAUUGGCAAACUAACUACUUUUUAUGUUGAAGUUGUGCCAUUAUAAGAGGUAUGACAUUUGAUUCACUGCUGGUAGGUGCUGGAGGAACAGCAAGCUUAUUAUAUCUAAUAUACUGGCUGCUGAACAACAGGAAAAAGACUGAUGUAACAGGAAAGGUUGUGCUCAUUACAGGUGCCGGUUCAGGGUUAGGAAAAGCUUGUGCUGAAGUAUUUUUUAAGCAUGGCUGUAAGGUGAUACUUGCAGGGAGAAAUGUACAACAAUUACAGGAGGUUAAGUCUAGUCUUGCUGAUCAACUUCCUAAGCACAAAAGUCAUUUGGCAGUAUUACAAGUUGAUCUAGCAGAUGUCUCUAGUCUAGAAAAGAAAGGUGAUGAAGCUGUAGAUAUAUUUGGCCAUGUUGACAUAUUAAUCAACAACGCUGGUAUAAGUUAUAGAGGAAGUAUACAAGAUACAGAUAUUGAUGUACAUAUGAAAGUCAUGACAGUUAAUUAUUUUGGACAGAUAGCACUUACUAAAGCUAUACUACCUCAUAUGCAGCAGUCAAGGUCAGGGCAUAUUGUGGCAGUGAGUAGUGUACAAGGGAGAAUAUCACAGGCAUAUAGAUCUGCGUAUGCUGUAUCCAAGCAUGCUAUUCAGGCAUAUUUUGACUGUUUACGAGCAGAGAUGUCAUCAAGUGGUAUACAUGUAUGUGUAGUUAGUCCAGGCUAUAUACAGACCAAUCUUUCCAGGAACGCUGUCUGUGCUGAUGGGUCAAAUUAUGGAGUUUUAGACAAGACAACAGCAGAAGGUUUACCACCAGAGAAAGUGGCAUCUCUUAUACUGAAGGCAGUGGAGUCACAUCAGCCAGAAAUUAUUCCAGCUAAAUUUAUCUACAGACUGGUUAUUAUUCUUAGAGCCUUGUUUCCUAGACUGGUUUUCUGGAUUUUGGCCAAAAGAGCUAAGAAACAAAGGAAAGACUAUAUAAAAAGUACAUAAAAGAUGGAAUUUAAUAUGUAAUGAAUACCUUUAGAUAGGAUUUUAUUUUAAUUAGUUUCAUACAUUUUUUACGUAUUUUCUGAAAGGGAAAUACUGUUCAAAUACAUGUUUUUAGGAUCCAUCAUUUAUUAGCAGUGUUGUUACACAUGUUAUAGAAAAUGAGAAACCAAAGAUUUUUUUAAUGUAGUUAUCAUAGUAUCUAUUGCUGGCAAUAAAGUGGCCUUCAUCUUUUCUAAGGUUUAAUAUGUUAUUUUUUAGAUAAAGCAUUUCAUAUCAUUGUCAAAUCAAAAGAAUUAAGUAGGAAAUUGAAAAUGGCUGUCGAUGAAAUACAUAAACAAUAAGGAAACCCCUCGAUACCUCUAACUUACUGAGCUGCUCUCUACAUGUAAAUUAGUAAAGCAGACUAUUCAUUUCCCAAGCUUCUAUUUUUAGAAAAUGAACAUUACUGUCUUGCUAAAAAUAGCUCUCAGGACACGGUUUUGAAGAAGGCUUAACAGAUAUAUAAUAUAAUUUCCCAAUUUUUUGAUAGGAAUUAAUAAUAAUUAAUCUGUAUUAAUUUGUUUAAGAAAUAUUAAUUUUAUACUGAAAAAAGAAAUAUUUAGGAUAUUUUAAUUCUUUGCAAUUCAUGUUUUAAAAUAAAAUGACCAAAGAUUUUACUUAAGACUUAAAAUAUGUUAAUUAUUGGCAAUAUGAAGCAUGCUCAAUAAUAUGUUUAGCCAGUACCGCGAUGUUAGGGAUUUUAGGAGAAUAAAUUUUCAUCUUGUAGAGUAUACAUGUGCUUAUGUUAUAUCACUAUUUUGUGAAGUCUCCUUGAUUAUUAUAACUUGAUCCAACAACCGUACACACCAGGCUAAUAUUACUUUAAUGUGAUAUACAUGUACUGUUCAUACAUAUGCAUGUGACACCAUAUUUUUUUUUAGAAGAGAAGAAAAAGCAAAGCAAAUAGGUUAAUUCCAAUUCUGAAACGAUUUGCAAUCUAUUACAUUUAUAUUGUGAUUGUUAAGCUAAUAAAACAUGUAAAACCUA